UUCGGAAGGCUUUUCCGUGGUCCCAAGACCUUCCUCUAUCCGUCUUAGCGGCGUAGCAGCCCAAGCAUACGACUAGCAUUGAGUCGCAAGGCAUCUCAAUCUAGUCGCAACAAACCACAGUCGCUGAUUUCCAGCGGCUCGAAACAUCAUGGCGAGCAUCUUCGAGGCAGCUCAGAAGGGCGACGUAGCCGAGGUCCGCUCCCUGCUCGAUGGUGGCUCACAGGUGAGCCCCAAUGUCAGGGAUGAGAAUGGCACCUCUGUCCUAGUCGUUGCAGCUCGGGAAGGUCAUGUGGAAGUCGUACAGGAGCUCCUCAGCAGAGGCGCAGACAGGCACGAGGCGCUCGCUCAAGGCCUCGGUCAGGACGGUUCACCCGUCGCCGCUCUCCUGAACGAGCAGCAUCACGGCCAUGGCGCAUCCUCAAAUGGCGAGCAUGCCUAUGGUCCCAUCCCUACGGACAUUUACGGCGGCUACCAACUCCCGGAUGGCUCAAUUGCUUAUGGCUACCCUGGCUAUCCACCUCUCUACCAAGGAGGUAUGGGUCAGCCGGCUUUCUACCACGACCCGGUCAUGUUCCCCCACCCCCAGAUGCAGCAGUACCCAUACCCAUCGCCGAACAUGAAUGGAGGCCCGCGACCUCGCCCUUCACCGCAUAUGCAAAACGGACAUGGCCGCAAACCGUCUGCCGUCGGAAAGUUCCCUCCUCCGGACGUUGCCAAGACCAUCCCGUGCCGCUUCUACCCUAAUUGCCGCAACGGUGCUAGCUGCAUCUUUGCCCACAUCGACCAGCCUAACCCUGCCGACAUUCAUUCACCCGGACCCGUCCUCUCGCCUUCGCACCCGAGCUACGUUCCCGCCCCUGCUCCUGCUCCUCCCCAUGCUAGCUUCUACAGCGGCGGCCCCUACGCUCCAAACGGAGCACCAUUUUACCCAGGCAUGGUCUCCCCCUUUGCUGGGCAGCACGGACAGGGACCUCUGCCGCUGCAUUACCAACCUCACGAGGCUUCGCAGCCAGGCCAGAUGACUUCUGAAAUGCCACGAGCUUCUAUGCCGGCUGUGCCAGAUCAAUCGACUUCCCAAGCCGCCUCGCCGUUGCCCGAAGCUGCUCAACCGAACGGCAGUGCCUCCGCCGAGCAUGCUGUUGAGUCUGGCGAAGCUUCCGGCUCCACAAGUGAGCCAAAGAUGGACGGUGCAGAGUCGUCUGCGAAGGUGGAAGGCCAAGUCACUUCAGAAGCCGCACCCGCUGCAUCUGCCGAUGGCCAAGAUCGAAGGAGACGACAGUCCUUUAAUUCCUUCCUCCACUCGCAUGCUGUCCCCUUCCAGCCGUCCCAGAUGGCCGCUUCCAUCCAGAAUGCUGCAGUCUCCAUUCCGCUGGGUCCUGCAGCGACUAUGAACGGCAUGAAUGGUGUGCAGCAUCACCUCGGCAUGAACGGCUUCGCAGGAGCUCCUCACUGCUAUGGAGGCCGAGGAAAGUUGCGAGGACGAGGCGGCGCUGCUGGUAUGGGCGGCCGUGGUCCUCCUCGCGAGAGGACACCCUGCACAUUCUUUGCCAAGAAUGCCUGCAAGUACGGCCCAGAUUGCUUGUACCCUCACUUGUUGCCUGACGGUACCGAUGCUCGUCACUUGCCCGGAGCUAUGGGCUCGGCUUUCAUGUUGUCACAGCAGGGCGAAGGAGCCAAUGGCUCCGCUUCGGCAUACAAGAUGAACGGUGUGCAAGCACGCCGCCCUCAGCCUCUCCCCAAGGGUCUGGAGGGUGACCACUCCAAGGGCAACGGAAGUGACGUGAGAUCCGAGAACGGCUCGUACCCAGCCGGACCAUUGGACGCCCAGACGAAGAAGGCCGCAGGUCUACCACCGACUCCUUCGGCGGAGGUGACUGGCUCGAGCCACGCAUCUAACACUCACAGUGGAACCGCGGACGGGAAGAGUGCAGCUGCAAAUAGCGCUGACAAGCCCAAUGCCAACGGAUUCGUACCGUCCAAGCCUUCGGCUACCGCCUUGGCAGAUGCUGCCGCUGCUGAGCCCAAUGGGGUCGCUGCUACAGGAUCAGAAGCUCCAACGACUGCUGCUGUAGCCCCUCCCGCUGCGACGUCCACUUCGACUCAGGGCCAGCAGAAGCAACAGCAGUCUGCGCAACAACCUCAGCAGAACCAACAGAGGGCAGUCCAGCAGAACAACAAUCAAUCACGCAAGGGCAACGCUAGCAAGGCCUCUGCAGCUCAGAGCAACGGUGCCAAUGCUUCCAUGAAGAAGACGCCGGCCCAACGAGUGCCCAGCGGUGCAGACUUCCCCGCUCUGGGAGGUCCUUCCAACGGCGCUUCCACCGCAUCCUCUACGUCUACUCCCGACGCUUCCAAGAAGACUGCAUCGAGUGCACCGACCGUCAAUGGCGGCGACAAUAGCUCUGCCGGUGCCAUUUCCAGCUCCUCAUCUUCGAAGAUCAAUUUCUCCGCCAUCCUCUCGGCCCCUGCGCCUGCCAAGAAGACUCCCACAGCAGCAGCAGAGUCGAGUAGCGCUACUGCUCCUCCUUCCGCUGGGGUCUCCGCAAGCGAUACGACUCCUUCGCCCGCUGGUGGUGAGGAAGAGAGCACAGCCUCGGCGAAUGCUCCUGUGAAUGGUACCGCAGAGGGUGUCCAGAGCCAGAAGCAGGUCAAUGGACAUGUCAACGGCGCGACGAAUGGACACGCCAAAGAGGGCAAGCCCGUCAAAGGCAGGCCCGUCAAGAGUGGUGCGGCCGGCGGAGCAGCCGGCAGUAACACCGGCAAAGGGUGGGGCGCUAAAUCUCAAAGCGCUUCUGGGUCCGCAGGUACGCCCAAGGAACUCGAAGUGGAUGAAGACGACUUCCAGCUGGUCAAGGGGAGGAACCACGCCAAGCGCUCACAAUCUAGCGGACCGGCUAGCAGUCGUGGCAGUGCAAAUGGGGCUGGGCAGAACUUUGCUUCGGUUGCCAAGGCCUCUGUGGCUGCUUGAGGUGGGAGGCAGGCAAGGGCUACUACGCUACAAGGUGCGCAUUCGUAGGCGCAUUCGCACUCGCACUUGCACCCUUCAUAGAACACUUCUUGGCACCGCAACACCUACCUUUCUCUUCUUGCU